AAAGCCUUUGGCCCUCCAUUGGUCUACUUUUCAGAGCAGAGCCCCUGGGUUGGUCCUGAGGCUUCCAGCCAUCUGUCCACCUGCUAGGGUCCCUCUGGAGCAGCCAUGAAGUCCCUCGCCCUGCUCCUUUGCCUUGCUCAGCUCUGGGGCUGCCAUGCUGCCCCGCAUAUACCAGGUCUGGUUUAUAGGGAACUGGACUGUGAUGACCCAGAAACAGAGCAAGCAGCCCUGGUGGCAGUGGACUACAUAAAUAACCACGUUCUUCAGGGCUACAAGCACACCUUGAACCAGAUUGACAAAGUGAAGGUGUGGCCUCGGCGGCCAAUGGGGGAGGUGUUUGAGCUCGAAUUAGACAUGCUGGAAACCACGUGCUACAUACGGGACCCCACCCCCGUGGAAAACUGCACCGUGAGACAACUGAUGGAGCAUGCUGUGGAAGGGGACUGUGAUUUCCAGGUGCUGAAACAGGAUGGCCAGUUUACCGUGUUGUUUGCAAAAUGUGAUUCCAGUCCAGACUCUGCGGAGGACGUGCUCAAGGUGUGCCCACAGUGCCCCCUGCUGGCCCCGCUGAACGACACCAAGGUAGUGCACGCAGUAGAGGUUGCCCUGACCGCGUUCAACACUCAGAGCAAUGGCUCCUAUUUUCAGCUUGUGGAAGUCUCCCGGGCUCAACUUGUGCCUCUUCCGCCUUCCACGUACGUGGAGUUUGCGGUGGCUGCCACUGACUGUGUUGCUGCAGAGGUCACGGAUCCAGCUAAGUGCAACCUGCUGGCAGAAAAGCAAUAUGGCUUCUGUAAGGCAACACUCACUGAGAAGGUGGGUGGGGAAGAUGUUGCAGUGACCUGCACCGUGUUCCAGACACAGCCUGUGCUCCCUCAACCCCAACCAGAUGGCACUGAAGCGUCCCCCGUGGCAGACUCAGCUGUACCUGCACCUCCUCCGGCUGACCCGCCUGCAGCUGCCCUGGUGGUGGGACCUGUGGUGGUGGCAGCCCCCCAGGCACCCCUGCCGGGACACCGGACCCACUACGACUUGCGCCAUUCCUUCAUGGGUGUGGCCUCAGUGGAGUCAGCCUCAGGAGAAGCAUUCCACGUGGGCAAAGUACCCAACGUGGCGCAGCCUAGCGUUCCUGUCACUGCUGGUCCAGUGGUCCGUCCUUGCCCAGGGAGAAUCAGACACUUCAAGAUCUAGAUGUCAGAGAUGAAAAGAUUUGGCCCAGGAACAUAGCCACCAUUAUUGUCCAAGUCUGGGUAUGGGUGGGGCCUCGUUUGCUAUCAAAGCAGGUGCUACACUGGUCUAGAUGAAUAUCAAGUCUUCAAUCCCAACUCCUCUUCAUUUUUCAGAGGAUGGAAUUGGGGGCGGGGGGAGGGGGUGGUGGCAGUUCUGUGUCAUGGAAGGUAUAAGGCUGGCAACUUGAUCGUCAUUGUUUUGAUGCUUGGCCACUACCAUUGUGUUCUCUGCCUUCUUUGACCUCACAAAAAUGAUUGAAACUGUGACUUUGAGAGGUGCUCUUGUCAGCCUAAUAUUAGCUUAUAAAUAAAAGUGACUGAAGGACCUUCCUUAUUAGAGAAGGUUCUAAGCUGAAA